AUGGAUGAACCCCUGGACCCCGCUAUGGAGUCAUCCGCCCCCAAAAAACGAACACGAGUGCAAUUUUCGUGCACCGCGUGCAGAUAUCGCAAAUUAAAAUGCUGCCGCAACUAUCCAUGUGGUAAUUGCAAGAAGCGAGGUGAGGCAGCAUCGUGUACGUAUGUCGGUCGUGGGCCUCGAGGCAAGGCUCAGCAUGGGCGCUCCAGUCCGACUCUGGUCCAGGACCGCUUACACCACCUUGAAAAUCUGGUGAUGUCCCUUGCACAGAAGCAGAGGCCUAAUGGAGAGACCUAUCCCGCGAUUCAACCGCAGAACAGGCUCGCUUAUGCGACGCCUUCGCCAUGUGAUUCUGACCGGGAUUCUGCGUUGACCCCUGUUGAUACGGGUACGCUGGUGGUGAAGGAUGAGGGAACGAGUUAUAUUGACAGUGCAAACUGGCGCGCUAUCUUGGAAGAGAUUGAUGGUGUGAAGGAAUAUCUGGACGCUAACGGAGAAGUUUCCGACGAGGAAGACAUUGUUGAGACUGACCCGUAUGAUGAAUCGUCGCCAAUUCUGCUUCUUGGAGGUGGCAGUUCAGUGAGCAAAGAAGAGAUGCUUAUGGAUAUCCCUCCUCGGUCAAUAGCCGAUCGCCUGGUCUCUCGCUUUCUCAAGACGUCUGAGCCUUCACGAGUUACAAUACAUGUUCCUACGUUCCAAAAAGAGUAUGAGGAGUUCUGGGUUCGCCCGGCAGACAAAUCGUUUACCUGGCUAUCUCUCCUAUAUUCGAUCAUGGCUUUGUCUGUCUCUAUAUACCAUCGAAGUGCUGAGCCAUUGCCGCUCAGCAUGAGGGCUCCGAUCACUUCAUGGGCCAUAUUCCGGAAAAGAUCUUCACAGUGUCUUAUCCGAGCAAACUAUUUGACCCCAGGUCGAUACAAAGGAGAAGCACUCUUCCUUUAUUCACUCACCGAGUUUUAUCGGAACCAAGAUGCGCAAAUUGGAGUAUCCUACCUACUCGGGAUUACCAUUCGCCUGACUAUGCGUAUGGGUUACCAUCGUGAUCCGCGUCAUUACCCAAUGCUGUCGGCCUUGGAAGGGGAAAUGCGGCGACGUCUCUGGGCCUUGCUCGUUCAACUCGACACGCUGAUCUCGUUCCAAGCCGGUGUACCUCGAACAAUCCAGCCCUGGCAAUAUGACACCGAGCUGCCUGGUAAUCUGUUGGAUACCGACUUCGACGAGGAUUCCACUCAAUUGCCACCCGAGAGGCCAAAGGAUGAACGGACAGAUUGUUCGUAUACAAAAGCCAAGUCUCACAUCAUGAAAGUCUUCGGCCACAUAACAGACCUAGCAUUCUCUAGGGAGCACACAUCAUACGACGAGAUCUUGGAAAUUGACCGUCGUUUGGAGGCCGCACAUGAUCUGGUCCCUUCGUUCUUGCGAAUUCGACCCAUGACGCAGUGUAUCGCAGACCCAGCAGAACUUAUCAUGCGACGUUUCACUUUGGAACUUCUGUAUCAGAAAGCACGUAUGGUACUACAUCGCCGGUAUAUCGCUGAGACCAAUACCAAGUUUGCAUACUCACGAUCAGUUUGCCUGGCCGCAGCCCGCGAAGCACUUCAAUACCACACAGAUAUCUGGGUCGAGUCCAUGCCAGGUGGUCAAUUAUAUGCGGAAAGAUUCUUCCUCAACUCCCUUCAAAACUCGGACUUUUUGCUAUCAGCGAUGAUCCUCUGCCUCGAGCUCUCCCAGGAUGCCGAUCGUGGCGAGUCUGCACGCCUUACGACCCAAGAACGCGCAGACUUCUUACUUCUCUUGGAAACUACACAUCGCAUUUUCAUGGAAGCUCGACACCGCUCGGUGGAUACGCAACGAGCAGUGACUGCCCUGACUAUCAUGCUCAAGCGGGUCAAGGCCGGUAACAUCCAAUAUCCGAACUCGAGUGCUGGACAAUCAGCAUCCAUGAGUGAUGACAUUCCACUUCAACCGACUAGCCAAGCAGUCCCCGAUCAGCCACCAUACACGAUGUACACUCCCUAUGUUGGUGAGGUGCAGCCCACAGUACCUGACCCUGACCCCAGCCAGGCGCCAUCAUACAAUUCCCUGGAGGUCAUUGAAGAUAUGCUUGAUGUACCUGCUCAACUUGACUGGCAUCUGUACGACAGUCGCAUCUCAGGGGUCGGAAUGGCCAACAACAACGCCUGGUAUACCGAUGGCCCAGCGACUCCGGCAUAUGGAUUUGGCCUGUACCCUCCUGGUGUAUCUUCCAAGGGAUCAAUAGGGUUGCAAUGA